GUCACCCCCACGAAGGCGGCACAAUGUGUCACAGGCCUGCAUAAACUGUCGGCAACGGUGAGUGGGGGCCAGGAUGAUGUCGUCGAAAGCACUCGCAUGCUCGACAUGUCUCGUGAGCGAUGGUGAGCAGAGGCGAGCUGAAAGAGCACGUAGACGUGGUGGACAUGGGCAGGUGCAUGGCUCGUUUACUCAUGCCGCAGGAAGAAGAAGUGCGACGGGCAGCCGCCUGUAUGCUCGACCUGUGCUGCUUACAAGGAUGAGUGCGUGUGGACAACCAAGACGGACUGGCGACGCGCUGUAUCGCGCAACGAGGCCAACUCGCUGCGACAACGCGUCCAAGAGCUGGAAGAACAACUGCAGAGACAGCAUGGAGGGGAUAGCGUGGAAGGCGCACCAACUGCCGGCAGCGACACUGGCAGCUUCUCUCGCGCCCCAGCCCCACCUUACUACCAGUCGCCCUCGCAACAGCACCAGCAUCAGCCACAGCACCAGCAACGUCCAUUGCAACCACAAGAUGUUGCGGGGCCAAGCCAGCAGGCAUACUUCGAGCAAUCGCAUGGGGUAUCCGGGCCCUUUCCCCCACCGCAGGCUGGCGCCGGAGCCGGGACGUUAAUGUCCCCGCCGACAUCGUUUCGCCAGGACAUUGGAAUGGGUGGGAUGCGGGACAGAUACUUGGGGCGCGCCGGGCCAUCCGGCCUCGCUCCACCGCGACCGAACAUGGGCCCCAACACUGAAGGCAUCCCACUGCAUGGCACAUCACAGUCCCCACCGACUCAGACAUCACACGGUCGCACAACUCCAAGUCGAGCCCAACAAACUCAGUCGCCGUUGGAUUUGCCCGGUGACAUCGACGACAUGAUGGUAAGAAGGGAGUCGGGAAGAGACGAUGGACAGCAGCUCACGAGCAGGUGCAAGACGAGCGAGGACGAUUGCGCCUUCAUGGACCGCAGUCUGCAUUUCGACAUUCUAGAAUGCCUGA